GGCCUGCGCGGCUUUGAAGUUUUUGAAUCCACAUCCACUCCAUCCCCACCCUAUUUUCCUAUUUUUAUUCGAAUUUCUCUCCAAGGAAGAAGCAGUAAGUCCGAGGCAGAGAGCGACAACGAUAAACCGUCUACAGUCUCCGACCACCGCAUUUUUUCUGGGUUCCAACGAUGACAAACUCGAACGCGCACAGGCACGCGCAGCCGCACGCGCCGCUGCAAUCCGCCGAACAGCUCCGGCAUCCAAUCCUCCUUCACCGCCAUCCGACUAUUGUCUCAGCAAACAACAAAUCAUCGACUUAUUCCAGAACUGCAUUAGACUUGCCAGCGAAAAUAUCAAAAAUAAACCAUACGAAUACUUGGGAGUUGAAGCUUAUCGAUCAUCUUUGUGAUAUCGUCAAAGUUGAUGCUGCAGAAGCUGAUUCACAGACUAAUUUCCAAAGGCAAGUUGCACCCUCGAAGCCAGCAUGAAAAUUUACUGUGUCACUGUGGAUGCUGUGCAUGGAUAGGCAAGUUGCCUUAAUUUGUUUUACUUCCUAAUCAGGAUGGUAGUUAUUUCAUUGAAUUUAUCUUCUAAAAUGACAAUGAAAAAUGAACAAGAUGGCAUAGU